AAGUUUUUUCGUUCGUGGAAUUUCUUCUUUGUUCUAAAGGAUUCGGGUUCUUCAACUUUUACUCAAUUUUUUCUGAAAAAUCACAAUCAUUUGUUUAUAAUUAGUGGAGGAUCAGGUGUCAAUGAUGACGAGUGUUUAUUAUCAGAAGAUUAAUAGUCUUCAAGUGAAUAUUCAGAAUUCUCUGGUUGUCGGAGUCAUCAUCACUAGUUUCAACGUCAAGACGUUCGAAACCAACUCCAAAUUUCGUCCUGGAGUUCGUGCAGUCUGGAGCUUCACCUUACGAGAUUCUGAAUACGACACAAUAAAUGUAACCGUCUGGGGGUCUGAGAAUUACAUCAGUAAAUUGAACGAGUCAUUUUCCAUCGGUUGUGUCGUCGAAGUAAUCAAUGCAAAAAUUCAGGAUUAUCCACAUGAUGGGAAGAAUGAGAAGUUUAUGCCAACGACAAGCAGUGUUCAUCAUUUAGUUAUUAACGAGGGGUCUGCAUUGAUUCAAACCCAUGACAGCCCUGACAAGAAAAUGUACGAGACUCUUCUUCAUGCUCCCAUGAAAGAUCUGGCCACUGCCAGAAGUCUCAGUGAUGUCCUCAAGAAUAUGGAGUCAUUGCGAGAACAAUACGUCGACAUAUUUGCUGCUGUGACUUUUGUGAGUGACUCUCGGAAUAUAAUGACAAGAGAUGGCCGUGCCCUCGUCUGUCGUGAUUUCGAGGUGAACGAUGGUACAACGAGUGAAACAAUUGGUUUCAAACUCUGGGAGAAGGAGUGGAUACGCAGAUCUGCAAAUUGGGAGCCCAAGAGUUCUGUUCUCUUUAUGUCAGAUUUACUUGUGACUACGGAUAAAUUCAAGAAGAAGAUGACUCUGAUGAUUGUCAGAAAGACAAUAAUAACAGAGAAUCCAGAUGUGCCAGAGGCUGAUAAACUCAGGAAGUCCAUCACUGAAAUUGACUCGAUUUCUCAUGACCCAUUUGUCCUACCAAAACCUGAGAACAUCAAGACAGUCAUGACUAUCAAGGAAAUUUCAGAGAGAUUGAACCAAAAACCAACUACUGGGGAUAGAGUUCAAUUCGUUACUAUUCUUUAUGCUGCAGUCACUGAGAUAAAUAUGGAAAAUACCCCAGGACGAGACAUACUCCUUACACGAUGUGCACUCUGCAAACGUACAAUUGAUAAUAAUCAGGACUCGUGUAUGAAUUUGGAGUGUCCCUGUGGAAAUGGCAGAAGAGAACCAACGAAUAUCCACACUUUCUACCUGAAAAUCAACCUGAAGGAUGAAACGGGUUAUCUUAUUGGAUGUCGACUCACUGGAGCACCAGCUGAACAAGCCCUUGCUUGUUCUGUCGAUGAAUUCAAGGCGAUGACACAAGCUCAACGUGAAGAAUUAAAGUGGAGAUUGAUUUUGGAGAAUUGUGACGUCAGAAUUCAAGUCCUCGGACCGACACCGACUUUUCCACGUGUGUUGUACAACAUUCUGUCACUCGAACGUGUUCGUGAGGUUAGGGAUCAAUGAUUU